UAUUUGUACUCUAUGAAUCGUAUUCAUUCUCAUUGAAAACCGUAACGCACUUUCUCUAUUAUCUCCGUGUAUCAUUUUCAUAUUUUACUAAAAUUCAAAUGUGAUGAAAAUAACUUAGAGGAGUUGUUCGUAGAACAAAGAAAACGGAGCCAUCGUUGUCCAUCCUAACCACGAGGUGUCAAGAAUUCUCUUAUCAGUAAUCAGUUGUCAACGGUUCUCCAGAGUGCAUGUGACUCUUAUCAUGAAGAAGCGUCCAGUGUGAUAUCUGAUAAAAGAUAUCUCAUUUUUUUGCUAACAACCAUCGUAUCAUUCUGCAAGUUGGAAGCUCCUCAAAUUAUUUUCAUAUUAGUGCACUCUCAUCUUCUUUUGGUCCACAUCAUCAUUGCUUCCUUUUCCUGCGAUGCAUCCCAGAAAUAUCUAUCGUACUCCACCAAAUUUCAAAGAACUAGCGCUGCAAUUUCCAGAGCUGCGUCCCUAUGCCAAACCUGAUUUGAAUGGAAAGGUACAAAUUGACUUCAAGAAUCAAGAUGCCCUUCGGGUCUUACUGAAGGUACUUCUCAUCAAAGAUUUUCAACUGAAUAUUGAGUUACCUCCUGAAAAACUGGUUCCAACAUUACCUCUAAGGUUGAACUAUAUCCUAUGGAUUGAAGACUUACUGGAACAUGCCGGCCUUUCAAAUCCAGUUGGCAUUGACAUAGGAGUCGGAGCAUCCUGUAUUUAUUCUUUGCUAGCCGCAAAGAAAAAUAAUUGGCGAAUGCUUGGCACAGAAACGGAUCAAGCAAGUUAUCAAGCUGCUCUCAAAAAUGUGGAAAUCAAUAGUUUGCAAAGUUUAGUAAAAGUGGUGCUUGUGAACGAGGAAACCAUUCUAGAUGGAGCAAUUGAUGAAGCAGAAGAUUAUACCUUCUGCAUGUGCAACCCUCCAUUUUUCGGCAGUAUGAAGGAAGUUUCCGGGAAAUCAAGAUCGCCUAACUCCAGAGCUCCUCCAAGGAAUGCCCACACUGGCAUUGAAAACGAGCUCGUGACUGAAGGUGGAGAAGUUGCUUUUGUUGGUAGAAUCAUUCAUGAUAGCAAGAAACUGCAAAAUAAAGUGAAGAUCUACACAAGCAUGGUGGGCAUAAAAAGCAACCUAAAAAAACUAGUCAGCCUCCUGAAAUCUACCUCAGUUGAAUCAGUCACGCAGACCACUUUUUCUCAAGGCCGGACAAUGAGGUGGGGAGUUGCCUGGACUUAUGAUAAAAGUGUCCGUUUACUCCCUGCUCCCGUGUCUAAGAAGUCAAAAGACAAACCUCUACAGCAGGAGUUUCACCCACCUCAUACUCCAGAAUCAGUGGAAAAAGAUGUUCUAGCACUUCUGGACAAACUUGAAAUCAAACAUACUGAAGUGAAGAAAAAAAAUUCCUUGAAAGUGUUUGAGCUAACUGCCUAUAAAAAUACCUGGUCACAUCAACGCAAAUUAAGGCGAAUGGCGAAAAGGAAGCAGCUUGUUGAGGAGAAUUCAACCAGCAUGGACAUUGACGAAUCCAAUGAUCCUGCAGUUAACAGCGAAUCCAGUUCACCAAUAAUGGUGGACGCAGAAUCCCUCUCACCAGAAUCAGGAACGGAGAGAAAACCCACUGACAAAUUAGCUGAUAAUUAUCUCAAAAAUUCUGAACAAGAUUAUAGUUCCUCUUUGUGUAGUUCGCCAAAUAAACGCAAAAUGAGCCCAGCCCUUCUUGAGGAACAAGAUUCUGGUUUAGACCUAGAUCAUGAGAAUCUUAAAAAAUUGCGAUUGGACGAUGGCAAGAGUUGGUUCGAUUAUGCUGGAAAUGAUCCUUUGCUAAGCUGUACUUUAGGAAUAAGAGAUCUGAAAACAAAGGUUCUUGUAGAUAUGCUUUUCAGUGAUGGAACUGGUGGUAAGGAAGCCAUGAACCAAGUUUUACUGUACAUCAGAAAUAAUAUGAAACAAAAUACAAUCUAAACUUGCUGAAUGUUCA